CACAAGCCGUUCUGAAUGAUUUCCUUGUCAGUGACUCGCGCGGUGUUCCCGUCAAACCGGCGUCUACAUGGCGGAGUUGAUGCCUCUUUUCGUCAAUUAGAAGUAAAAAAAAAAAUUGAAAUACAUUAACUUCUCCUUUAAAUUGGCAGCUGUUGGAGCUGGCGGGGCGAGGAGGGGCAUGGCACUGCGUUGGACGCGGUCCGCCCGUGCGUGUGAGCGUGUCCUCCUCGGUGGUCUAUUAAGGUUUUAAUUAGCGGAGAAGAUGGCCAUUGUUGACGUUUAAGACUGGGAGAGACCGAACUGCACCGCCCCGGCAUGGAAAAGCACGCCUGGUUUGAAGAUCUCUGAUCCUUUCGGCUCCUCAGCCAGCCAGGCGACAGUCGGCGAGCAUCCAGGCUACCCGAGGAAGGAGAGACCGUAGUGCAAGGACAAGAAGAGGAGCUUCCACUUGCGCUGCUUCCCAUUCACCAUGUCUAUACCCAGCAUCAGCCCAGAGCGAGAGGGCUCCGGCGGGGUUCCUUCACACCUCGAGUGUCCCUCCUCUCCUCCGGCUUUGGAUCCAGACCCACUGUCGACGGGCAGCCCCGUCCUCAGCCCAGACUCUUCUUCCCAUGAUACAUUGCUGUCAACCUCAGCCAUGUCACCGGCAGACUCAGAGAACCUCAGUCCAGAUGAACUGGAGCUGCUUGCUAAACUUGAGGAGCAGAACAGGUUACUGGAGGCUGACUCCAAGUCCAUGCGCUCCAUGACAGGCUCGCGGCGCAACAGCGGCUCUUCGCUGGUGUCGAGCUCAUCUGCCUCGUCCAAUCUGUCCCACCUGGAGGAGGACACCUGGAUCCUUUGGGGACGCAUCGUCAACGAGUGGGAGGAAUGGAGACGCAAGAAGGACAAACUCCUCAAGGAGUUGAUUAGGAAGGGCAUUCCUCAUCACUUCCGUGCCAUCGUGUGGCAGCUGCUGGGCAACGCCACGGACAUGCCAGUAAAGAAUCAGUAUUCAGAGUUGCUGAAGAUGUCGUCCCCUUGCGAGAAGCUCAUUCGUCGGGACAUCGCACGCACCUACCCCGAGCACGAGUUCUUCAAAGGUCAGGAUAGUCUGGGCCAGGAGGUCCUCUUUAACGUGAUGAAGGCGUACUCCCUUGUGGAUCGAGAGGUGGGCUACUGCCAAGGCAGCGCGUUUAUUGUUGGUCUCCUACUCAUGCAGAUGCCUGAAGAGGAGGCGUUUUGCGUCUUUGUGCGUCUGAUGCAAGAAUACCGUCUUAGAGAGCUUUUCAAACCCAGUAUGGCCGAAUUGGGCCUCUGCAUCUACCAGUUUGAGUAUCUUCUGCAGGAGCAACUUCCAGAGCUUAACGUCCAUUUCCGGUCCCAGAGUUUUCAUACAUCCAUGUAUGCAUCAUCCUGGUUCCUCACCUUGUUCCUCACUUUCCUCCCUCUGCCUGUUGCCACACGUAUAUUUGACAUUUUUAUGUACGAGGGCCUGGAGAUCAUCUUCCGUGUAGGCAUGGCCAUCCUGCAGUACAACCAGACGGACCUCAUUCAGCUGGACAUGGAGGGCAUGUCGCAGCAUUUCCAGAAGGUGAUCCCCCACCAGUUUGACAGCUGCCCAGACAAGCUGAUCCUCAGGGCCUACCAGAUCAAAUACAACCCCAAGAGAAUGAAAAAGCUUGAGAAAGAGUAUACCACCAUCAAGAAUAAAGAAAUGGAGGAACAAAUUGAGAUCAAGAGGCUGCGCACAGAAAAUCGACUGCUGAAACAGAGGAUUGAGACCCUAGAGAAGGAGAGUGCUGCUCUGGCAGACAGACUCAUACAGGGUCAGGUGACCAGGGCACAGGAAGCGGAGGAAAACUACGUGAUCAAGCGCGAACUGGCGGUGGUGAGGCAACAGUGCAACACAGCCAGCGAGAACCUGGAGAAGGCGCAGGACACCAUUAGAGAUCUACAGCAACAGAAGUACACAGAGCAGUUUGUAAGCGGUCUGCAGACGCAACUGGAGCAGUCCAAGCUGCGUGAGGCUGAGCUGCUUGGAGCGCUUAAGGAAAUGCAAGACAAGGUGCUAGAUCUUGAAAAGAGGAGCAGCUGUUUACCUGAUGAAAACAACAUGGCAGCUAUGCAGGAAGAGAUGAAACAGAUGAAACUGCGGGAGCUGGAGACGCUGCGCGCAUUUAGAGAGAUGCAGGACUCUGUCACCGAGCUCAAUCAGCGCUGGCAGCAUCACAUGUCCCGCGGUGGCGGCACUGGAGGCGGCGGCAGCCACUGGAAGGAAUCCCCGAAAAAGAACGCCAUGAAUGAGCUGCAAGACAAGCUGAUGACCAUCCGACUGAGGGAGGCACAAGCCCAGGCUGAGCUCCGAGAGGUCAAAUUGAAAGCUGUUCAACUGGAGAGCCAGAAUCAGAUCCACAGCAAAUUGAUUGGUCGCCUUGAGCAGGAGCGUUCCGCCCUUCAGGAUCGGCUCCAGAUGCUGUCUAAUCAGAACAAAGCUGUUCAGGCCCAGCUCAACGAGAUGAAACGGAAGCAGGCCGAAUGGGACUGCAAGAAUAAAGAGGAGGUGAUGGCGGUGCGACUGAGGGAAGCAGAUAGCAUGGCUGCCAUUGCUGAGCUCCGGCAGAAGAUAGCAGAGCUUGAAAUACAGAAGGAAGCAGGGCUGAUCCAGGGCCAGCUGAACCACUCUGACUCCAGACAGUAUAUCAACCGGCUCAGGGACCAGAUCACUGAGCUCAAAAAUGAGAUCAGGCAGAUGCGCGGGCAAAAAGCGGGGGCGCCCAGUUCCAGGCUCACCACCGCAGGCACCAACUACCAGGACCUCUGCCUGGCCAGUCCGGCCUCCGCUGAGGGGGACUACCUGAGUUCGGAUGACGACCUCCUCCACAGCCCGCUCCCCGCCAACGCCCUUUACCCAGCCAUACCGGUACAGUGUCACCCGUCCGCCCGCCUGGACAGUGAAGGCAGCACAGACAGCGAGGCAGAGGAGCAGAUAACCCCCGAGCCACAGCAGCUGUACGGCAGCAUGGUGUGUGCCGAGGCCAUGGAGAAUUGAGGCCUGCGCGAAGAGGACCUCAGAAACUGUCCUUACUGGAACAUAUGUAACCCAACACACAACAGGCUGAAACUGGAACUUCAGAACUGUUUGCUGCUCAACAUGGACCACUUCUCCUAAAUUUAUUGACCAUGAAAAAACAAAAAGCAGGGCCCUGCUAAAACUCUUUUUUUUUUUUCUGAUUCAGUCUCAGACAUCUUGAUAUCCUAUCAGGAGAAAGGUGCACACCUGUCUCCCCUGCCUUCUCCAACAAGGUCUAUCAACCAUCCGUGGAGCCCUCACGUGCUAAAUGAAAGAGAGCAGUGGAAUAUCACCAAAUACAUCUUGUCCUCAUGACCAUUUCAACACACACGGUGAAAGUGCAAACAUGAAAAAAAAUGAAAAGUUGCCAAAUCUUUGGUUUUUGUAUUUUAAAAUAAUUUAUACAUUAUGUAAUUUAUUUUGAUAUUGUUUUUAAUAUGUCAGUAUGAAACCAUAGGACUGGCAGAGGCCUCCCCCCCCUUCCUAAGCCCACCUUGUGUGCCAACCCGGGGCCGCCUGUUUACUGUGACGCUAGCUGAGACGCUAACUGUGCUGCUAGGCUCAUUUGCAUACUGAGGUGUAACCAACCGAUCACUACCGCCUGCCGUCCGUCACCCAGUGUGUGUGUUUGUGGUAAAAGAAACAAAGUGUGACAUUUUAUGCAAAACUCCCCACUAUACGCCAAUAACAAAACUAUAAUGUCUAAGAGUAUUGUACAUAUAAACAAACAUGGUGGAGUGAAAAAAACUAGAUGAUGGGUGAUAGAUACAUUAGCAAUGCAGUAUUAUGUUUUAAAGUAACAGUCCCUCGCCACAUCGCACUUCAAAAUAUAUUUAGGCAUGUUAUGUUUUUUUUGUUGUGUUUUUUCAAUUAAGCAUUUUUAAGCAUUACAUUUUGGAAAAUGAGCUAAAAAUAUCAAUACUAUAGUAUUACUGGCCAAUAGAUGAGACCCAUUUAAUCAGAGCAGGCUGUUCAGUAUCGUCACCACUGAUUGGCUCAGCCUUAAACACCAUUAUAUUAAAAUCAUUUUGAGGUAUGAAUUUGAGCCGUAUUUCCUUGAAUUGCCGCCGGGGCGCUAAUUAAUUUAAAACCUCUUCUCACUCCUGUGCUUACCAAAGGCAUGCGGUAAAAGUAAGCAUGCGCUAAUUAUGUUAAAACCACUUCUCACUCCGGCACUUACCACAGGUAUGAGGUAAAAAUUUUUGUAUAAUGUAAGCUUGGACCUUAAAUCCUACUGAAUAGCUCAUAAUCUUCUUCCCUUUAUGCGAUUUCAAAUUGCCGGUAUUAAAAUCAGCCUCCUCCAUUUUGAAAAUGAUGACAGGGGAAGUGUCACUCGUGACGUCACGAGUUUGACCCGGCGGUAAUACUAAGCAUGCGCUAAUUAUUUUGGGAAGCGAGUUUGACCCGGCAGUAAUUCAAGGCAGGCGCAUACUAUAUGCCCUGCGGCUAUUCAAGGAAAUAAGGUAUAUUAUGUCUAGAGCAGGGGUGUCAAACCUACGGCUCAAUGGUCUGAUCAGGCCCACGAACAGGUUUUAUCCGGCCCGCGGGAUGAGUUUGCCAAGUAUAUAAAUCAAUCUGAAAUGAAACAGCUGUUCUAAAUGUGUCUACUGGAUGUCGCAAUAGCAAUUAUUUUUUAUCUUGUAGAUAAUGCUACAUACCGUAUUUUUUCGGAUUAUAGGUUGCUCCGGAGUAUAUGUUGCACUGGAUUAUAAAUCGCAAUUUUGGGGGAAAUUUAUUUGAUAAAAUCCAACACCAAGAAUCGACAUUUGAAAGGGAAUUUAAAAUAAAUAAAGAAUAGUGAACAACAGGCUGAAUAAGUGUACGUUAUAUGACGCAUAAAUAACCAACUGAGAAGGUGCCUGGUAUGUUAACGUAACAUAUUAUGGUAAGAGUCAUUCAAAUAACUAUAACAUAUAGCACAUGUUAUACGUUGACCAAACAAUCUGUCACUCCUAAUCGAUAAAUCCCAUGAAAUCUUCUUCCUCGAUGUCGCUUCUAAACAACUCUGCCAACUCAAAGGUAUGCGCCGCUUCCUCUUGUCGUUUUCUGCUGCAUAUUUCACUACGUCCAGUUUGUAAUCCGCAGUACAUGAUUUCCUUUUUGUUUAGCCCUUCUCAGUUUUUAUCAGUUACAGCCAACAAUGAAAUUAUCCAUUUUAAUAGUUACGGCAGUAGGAUAUAGCAUAUAGCAGUUAGCAUUCAAAAACCCACAAUGCACUUCUGCCAUGACCCUCCCCCGCCAAAUUCCUAUUGGUUGACGUGUGUGUGACGAUUGCUGACAUUUUCUUCAUCUCUUCCGCGAUUGAGAUAAAUAAUAUUAUUUGAUAUUUCACGGUAAUGUGUUUAUAAUUUCACACAUAAGUCGCUCCAGAGUAUAUGUCGCACCCCUGGCCAAACUAUGACAAAAACUGCGACUUAUAGUCUGAAAAAUACGUUUUUUACAAAAUAAUCCACAUAAUGUUAGUACAUCAGUCAAGGAAAAUGAUAAAUCUACAUAAAUAACAUACUGUAAUCUGAUUUUGAUGUGAUUUUUAAAUUUCUGAUAGAUUGAAAAUUAACACCAAUGAGUUGACUGAUGAACAUUAUCAAAUAAUUUAUUCAGAAAAUGUAAAUAGCGACAAAUACUAUUAU